UGUGGAUGGUGGGGGAGGGCCCAAGCCUGGGCCAGCCCCUGAGGGGCUGGAUUCUGGCCACUAACUGUCUACUCAUCCAUAUAACCCUUUCCACCUCCAGAGUCCAAGGGUCCAUGUGUCGAGCAGGGUGAGCUGUCCUAGGCACUACAGAGGGACCUCGGGCGGGUGGGCAGCAUGGGCUUUGAGGAGCUGCUGGAGAAGGUAGGUGGCUUCGGGCCCUUCCAGCUGUGCAAUAUGGCACUAAUGAUGGCACUGCCUCGAGUGCUGCUCCCUAUGCAUUUUUUCCUGCCCAUCUUCAUGGCUGUUGUGCCUGCCCAUCACUGUGCCCUGCCUGGUGCCCCUGCCAACCUCAGUCAUCCGGGCUUGUGGCUGGAGACCCAUCUACCCCGGGAGAUUGACGGCACCUUCAGCUCCUGCCUCCGCUUUGCCCAUCCCCAGGUUCUCCCCAAUACCACCUUGGGGACAGAGGCACCCAGCCCUGGAGAGCCUGAGGGUGACCCCUCCACAGUGGCCUGUUCUCAGGGUUGGGAGUACGACCGCUCAGAAUUCUCCUCCACCAUUGCAACUGAGUGGGAUCUGGUGCGCCAGCAGAGAGGACUGAACAAAACCACAUCCACUUGCUUCUUCGUCUGUGUGCUGGCGGGGGCUGUGCUGUAUGGAUGCUUGUCUGACAGUUUUGGCUGGCAUCGGCUUCUGCUCGUGGCCUAUGUGAGCUCCCUGGUGCUGGGCCUGGCAUCCGCAGCCUCAGCCAACUACAUCAUGUUUGUUAUCACCAGCACCCUCACUGGCUCUGCCCUGGCUGGUUUCACCAUCAUUGUGCUGCCACUGGAGCUGGAGUGGCUGGAUGUGGAGCACCGCACUGUGGCUGGGGUCAUCAGCACCAUCUUCUGGACAGUGGGGGCGCUGCUGCUGGCACUGGUUGGGUACCUGAUCCGGAGCUGGCGGUGGCUUCUGCUAGCUGUCACCCUGCCCUGUGUCCCAGGCAUCAUCAGCAUCUGGUGGGUACCUGAGUCCCCGCGGUAGCUUCUAACCCAGGUAGAAGCAAAAACAUACUUGUUCCACUGUGCCAGGCUCAAUGGGCAGCCUAUAGGCGAGGACAGCCUGAGCCAGGAGGCCCUGAACAGAGUAGUCACCAUGGAACAGGUGUUGCGAAGACCGUCAUACCUGGACCUGUUCCAAACGAGCCAGCUCCGACACAUCUCCCUGUGCUUCAUGGUGCUGUGGUUUGGAGUGAACUUUUCCUACUAUGGCGUGACGCUGGACUUGUCCGGGCUGGGGCUGACCGUGUACCAGACUCAGCUGCUGUUAGGGGCUGUGGAGCUACCCUCCAAAAUCGCCGUCUACUUCCUGGUGCGUCACGUGGGCCGCCGCCUCACGGAGACUGGGAUGCUGCUGUGUACAGCUCUGACCUUUGGCCUCAGCCUGCUGGUGUCCCCAGGGACCAAGACCUCCACCACUGCUCUGGUAGUGAUGGCAAAAGCUUUCUCUGAAGCUGCCUUCACCACAGCCUACCUGUUCACGUCCGAGUUGUAUCCUACUGUGCUCAGGUGAACAGGAUUGGGACUUGCUGCGUUCAUGGGCCGGCUCAGGGCCUCUUUGGCCCCACUGGCGGUCUUGCUGGAUGUAUGGCUCUCGCUGCCCAAACUUGCUUACGGAGGGAUUGCCCUCCUGGCUGCCUGCAUUGCGCUCCUGCUCCCUGAGACAAAGAAGGCACAGCUGCCAGAGACCAUCCAGGAAGUAGAAAAAAAAGAGGACUAG